GUAAAUCCGGUCGGGACUGAGCCAGUAGGUGAGGUUGGGGCUGGUGGCUCCUACCUCGGUGGCGCACACGAGACCCGCGAGCGGCCGAGGUGAGAUCGCUGCGCCGUCGGAGCUGUCCACUGUGCCGUGGUGCUGAACUCCACAUCCCUCCGCUCGUCUGCGUCCUCCUCUACUGUACAUCUGUGAUAUUUUGGGAAUAACAACCUCCCCUUUGGCUGCUUGUAGGUGCAAACUUCUCCUGAGGACAUCUCUUCCUCUCUCUCUCUCUCUCUCUCUGAGCACAUCGGAAAUUACUCCACACACCAGCCAGUGGAUUUGACCGGAGAUUAUCAUUAAUAAUAGUUUGUUGAGAAGUGUUGCUUCCCCCUGUUCCCCUGCUAAUCUCGCUUGGAUUAUCUUCCUGGAUGGUUUACGUUUGGACACACAGGAAAAGACCAAUGAAGACAGCCAGAUGGUGGUCGGCGGCAAUUUUACUGUUGGGGCUCGCUGUGCUGGGCGCCAACGGGAGACCCAACAAGGAGGGAUUCAGGUCGCCGCUCUAUCGACCAGUCGUGAGAUUCCGACACAAGGAUGGGAUCCCUGAGAGCUUGAGGAUAAAGGGUUUUAUGGGACACAAUGGCUAUCCAAGUCCAUGUGAACACAAGUACUGUGGCUUGGGGCGUCACUGUGUGGCCAACCAUGAGACUGGCCAAGGGGAGUGUCAGUGCUUGGAUCACUGCAAACCGCACUAUAAACCUGUGUGUGGUUCUGAUGGGAAGCUGUACCAGAACCAUUGUGAGCUCCACCGGGCCUCCUGUCUCAGAGGACACAGGAUUACCAUCAUGCACAGCGAGGAGUGCUUCUACAAAGAUGAUAACUGCAGACUGAGUGACUACCGUCGGCUGAAAAACAAGAUUCUGGAUUUGCAUGACAAACGAUACAUGGGGUCUAACAUCCAUGGGGCCCACAAGGACAACAUGGCUGCCAGGAAGCAACUGGUCGAUAUGAUGUUUAAACGCUUUGACGCCGAUAACAACGGUCAAAUAGAUGCUAGCGAGCUCUCACAGGUCAUCAAGCAUGAAGGGCUGUCCAAGGAUGUCUCCGAGUGCACAUUGUUCGACCUGCUGAAGUACAACGACAUCAAUGACGACGAGCACCUGACAAAAGAGGAGUUUUACACAGCUUUGGAUGUGUACCUGCUCGACCUUCCAGAUGACCAGAAAGUAAGCGUCACCACGGUAACAGUUGGCCAGAGCGCUGUGUUGACGUGUGCCAUCACAGGGGAGCGGAGGCCUCCUAUAUUGUGGAAGAGAAACCAUCAAUAUCUGAACUCCUUGAACCUGGAAGACAUCAAUAUCCCGUCCCAGGACUUUGGGGAUGAUGGCUCACUGUACAUCACCAAGGUGAUGACGACCCACAUGGGCAACUACACCUGUCAUGCUGAUGGCUACGAGAAACUUUUCCAGACCCACACUCUUCAAGUUAAUGUUCCUCCGGUCAUCCGAGUGUACCCAGAGAGCCAAGCCAGGGAGCCGGGCGUCACUGCCAGCCUGCGCUGCCACGCUGAGGGCAUCCCCAGCCCCCAGCUGGCCUGGCUGAAGAACGGCAUGGACAUCACAACCAAGCUGUCCAAACAACUCACCCUGCAAGCUAAUGGGAGCGAGGUUCACAUCAGCAACGUGCACUUUGAGGACACCGGCGCCUAUACCUGCAUCGCCAAGAAUGAUGCGGGCGUAGACGAAGACAUCUCUUCGCUAUUUGUGGAGGACUCUGCGCGCAAAACCUUGGCAAACAUUUUGUGGCGAGAAGAAGGUCUCGGCAUCGGCAACAUGUUCUACGUGUUCUAUGAAGACGGUAUUAAAGUCAUUCAGCCUGUGGCAUGUGAGAUACAGAGACACAUUAAGCCAAGUGAGAAGCUGCUGGCUCUGAAAGAGGAGGUGUGCCCCACCUCACCAGGAGAGGAGGUUCAGAGGUGUGUGUGGUCCUCAGCGGUCAACGUCAAGGACAAGUUUAUUUAUGUGACACAGCCAACCCUGAAUCGAGUGCUCAUCGUUGACAUCCAGUCUCAGAAGGCUGUCCAGACGGUCAGCACCGACCCUUAUCCUGUGAAGCUUCACUAUGACAAAUCUCACGACCAGGUGUGGCUGCUCAGCUGGGGAGAUGUCGAGAAGAACUUCCCCACUCUGCAGGUGAUCAAUCAGGCCAGUGGAAGAGUCUCCCAUCACACCGUUCACACACAGCCGAUCGGCAGACGCUUCGACAGGGUGGACGACUUCUUUAUCCCCGCCUCCAGCCUCAUCAUUAACCACAUCAGAUGUCUCUCUCCACUAGAGCAGGAGGACAUCUUUACACCCAGACCCCAGCAGAUCGGGCCGUUGGCCAGCCGGCAGUCAUUAGCAGAAAUUUACUUCUUGCUGCCUGCCGCUGCCGAGCGGAGGACCAGAUGUGAUGCCCGUCUCCUGGGUUGCCAAACACAGCGAGACGCAUCCUGCACCGGGGGAAAGCUUUCUAGAGAGCAGCUCUAUCACUGCCAGGAGGAAACAUUGCACAGUUCUCUCCAGCUUGACGGCUCUUAG